AAGCGGAAAACAGAAGUCUCUGGUACGUCUGUAGUCGUCAGCGAGCGGCCGAGCGCUCCUAAAACUCAAAACUUCCCGAGAAGCAUCGCGAACUACCAUCUUCCAAACCUCGAAUUUCCAUGGCUAGGGUUCCGAGCAAGCACAGCCGCGAUCAACUUCAGGGUUUUGAGGGGCUAUUGAAUAAUCUACAAGAUUGGGAACUGUCAUUGAAGAACAAAGACAAGAAGGUGAAAUCAGAGGCCCUUGGCAAAGAGAAGCUGGGAGAGGGAGUAAAAAGUGCUAAUGAACUUUCUAGUGUUCCCCAAACUAAUGGGAGACAACAAGUGGAUGAACUUAACUCUAGCUCUAGUGCUGCCGGUCAGUAUGGAUAUUUGAAAAACUAUGAUUCAAUCAAUCAUUUGUCAAGUCGUUUCAGGACAGAAGAUAGUUUUGCUGAUGCCAAUGCAGAGAAAGAGUUGGGAAAUGAGUUCUUUAAGCAGAAAAAAUUCAAUGAAGCAAUUGAUUGCUACUCUAGAAGCAUUGUCUUAUCACCAACUGCAGUAGCUUAUGCCAAUAGGGCUAUGGCUUAUCUUAAGAUCAAAAGAUUCCGGGAGGCUGAGGAUGACUGUACAGAGGCUUUGAACUUGGAUGAUCGCUACAUUAAGGCAUACUCUCGCCGUUCAACUGCUAGAAAAGAACUUGGAAAAUUAAGAGAAUCCACCGAAGAUGCUGAGUUUGCCUUGAGGUUGGAACCGCAGAAUAAUGAGGUUAAGAAGCAGUAUGCUGAAGUAAAAGCUUUGUUUGAGAAGGAAAUUCUUAAGAAAGUAUCUGGAUCAACCAAAAAAUCUGUUCAAAGGACACAAAAAUCUGCAAAACCAGAAGAGGAGAUGAAGAAAUCUGAGGCCACUGUUCAAUCUGUCUCAAGCAGUUCUCAGCGGGUAACUGAAAUUCAGGGAAGUAAGAGAAUUCUUCCUGCAAAGCCUUCCAUAAACAUUGAAGCUAGUCCUAUGGAACUUGACGCAAAAGAAUCAGAUGCUAAUCCAAAUUCUUCUUUGGCUACUGCAGAGAGAAAUCGAAAAAGUGAUAGACAAGAGCUGAAGGAGUCUGUGCAAGAGCUUGCUGCCCGAGCAGCUAGUUAUGCCAAAGCUGAAGCUGCAAAAAAUAUUGCACCACCAAAUUCAGCUUAUCAGUUCGAGGUUUCUUGGCGUGGACUUUCUGGUGACCGUAAUCUACAAGUUAAAUUACUGAAGGUAACAUCACCCGCAGCAUUACCUCAGAUAUUUAAGAAUGCAUUGUCUGCUCCUAUGCUUAUGGACAUUACCCGGUGUAUUGCCACAUUUUUCAUGGAAGAUGAAGAUUUGGCUGUUCGGUACUUGGAAAAUCUGCCAAAGGUCCCAAGAUUCAGCAUGAUCAUCAUGUGUCUAUCAUCUUCUGAUAAAGCUGAACUUGCCAAGAUAUGGGAUGAAGUAUUUAGCAGGGGAACUUCAAAGAACGCAAACAUUCUUUUUGAGCUACGCUUGAAGUAUGGCCUAAAGCAAUGAGGUUGGCCUUCUCUGGUAUGAUGACCUGAGCAUUUUGAUGUUUGUACAUGCAGUGAGGCGUGACUCUGAGCUUAGCAUCACUUCCUUUCUAGUUGCAUUAUUUAUGGCUUUUUUAUAGGAAAAGAUUAGGAAAUCAGUAUCCAUUGAUGUGUUGAUACAUGGAAUAUUAAACCAUGUUGCUUUAAUGAAGAGGGCCUGGUGUACCGUGUUUAACUAAAUCUUUUCUCUUUGGAAAAAUGAUCAAAUAAGCUAU